CCAACAGGAAAUGAAACAUCUAACCGAAUUACUCUCUCACACACACAGCUGACCAUACAACAGUAUAGAACACCCCCUUCGGGCCAUGGAGAUCCGAAAACAUUCAUUGUUGUUUUACGAGAGAGAAAAAAGAAACGACAAAGUGGCGCGGUAGCAUCAGUCAAAACAAGUCCGAGACAUGCUAGCACUCCGACACAUUUAUCUCCUGUAUAGUAGAAAACGCAAGGCGAAAGGGAAAUAAGAAAGAACGGAACCGUCGGUGCCGACAGCCAGAGAAGAAAAAACUCUCCUUGCCUUUUCCCCUUCGCCCAAAAUUAUUAGAUACACGCAGAGGCAGCCAGUCAACAGCAGGACAGUCGUUAUCGAACCAUUACAGUCUCCCAAAGUGACGACAUGGUCAGCAGUAAGAAAUCAACCAACGGUGGCGGACAUCACACGAAUCCAGUGCCAGAGCAAUUGCGGAUCAAAUGCGGGAAGAAACUCCAUUGCCGGUACUGGGAGCCCACCGUAUCGCCCAGAGGUUUGGUCAUGCUGAUCCACGGAUUAGCAGAACAUUUGGGAUGUUAUGAAGAGCUGGGAUGCCGGAUGGCCGCCGAGAAUUUCCUGGCAUUCGGUCACGAUCACCUUGGACACGGAAUGAGCGAUGGGCACCGCGUUCACGUCGAGUCGAUAGAUGACUACGUCAACGACAUCCUCAAUCACAUCCAGCUGAUGCGCGAAGAGCAUCCGCAGAUCCCAAUCUUCGCUGUCGGACACUCGAUGGGUGGAAUGAUUCUCCUGUCGGCUGCAUUGAAGGAGCCAACGGCAUUCGAUGGAGUCGUCUUGAUGGGACCGCUGAUUCACAUCGAUCCGAACCUCGCUUCGCCCGUCAAACUCUGGGCCGCCCGAUUGCUUAGCCGUGUCACUCCUCACCUUGCGGUGAGCAAAUUGACUGUUGAACACAUUACCAGCGAUCAAGGCGAACAGGAAUUGAUCAAAAACGAUCCACUGGUCUGGAAAGGCGGCGUCAAAUGCAAAUGGGCCACAGCGACUCAUGAAUGCCUUGUGGAAAUUAACAAGAAACUGACGUCGAUGAAGGUCCCAUUCGCGGUUCUUCACGCGGAGCAAGACAAAUUAUGUAAUGUUCUGGGCUCAAAAGUCCUUUUCGAGAAAGCUCAAGUCAAGGAUAAAUACCUGAAAGUUUUCCCGGUCGGAUGCCAUCACCUCUAUCGUGAAACUCAAAUCAUCCGCCAGGAAGCACUCGAUGACACCGUUUCGUGGAUCUGUCAGCGCGUGCCCAGUCGGACUUGAGAUUUGUUUUUGAUUUUUGUUUUAAUUUUUUCCAAAAAAUGGCCUCGUUCCUUAUGGUCUCUCUUAAAUUUUCAAAAUGAAAAAUCCCUUAUACUUCCUCUUUAUAUCAUUCCAAAACGUUAUAUGCAAUUAGGGGUGCAAUCAAUGAUUUCUAAUUCAAAAAUUAAUUCUUAUCAAGAAUAAAGGUUGUGGUGGUUAUUCCAUAAUUCCAGAAUACGGAAUGGAUAUCAAAUUAAAAAAAAAACCUUUGCUUUUAAAUAAUAAUAAAAAAAUGACUCGUGUGUAAUAAUGUAACUUUUGGAACACCAAAAAUAUAUGAUACUCCACAUUU